AUGGCCGAGAGAAAGAGGAACUGGAAUAAAGAAGAUGACCUGCCCGUCUAUCUGGCUAGGCCGGGCACGACAGCCCAGACACCGCGGCAGAAAUACGGGGGGAUGUUCGCCUCCGUGGAGGGGGCUUACGAGAACAAAACCAUCGACUUCGACGCCUACAGCGUGGGGAAGAAGGGGUCCCGGACCCCUCGCAGCGGCAGCCGGCACGACAUGCUGGACGGAGGGGACAACUACAGCGAGACGGCCAGCGACAUCAGCGAGGUCUCGGGCUCGGUCAUCAGCUCCCCGGGGGAGCGGGAGGACAAGACCCCCGGCGUGGAGAUCCGCUACCCCGCGGGGAAGGAGCUGCUGCAGGGCCACGACAACGGGCAGAGUGACCGACUACUCAUUAAAGGUGGAAGAAUUAUCAAUGAUGACCACUCCUUCUAUGCAGACAUAUACCUGGAAGAUGGACUUAUAAAGCAAAUAGGAGAGAAUCUGAUUGUACCUGGAGGAGUCAAGACCAUAGAGGCUAAUGGGCGUAUGGUUAUUCCUGGCGGAAUAGAUGUCAACACUUACCUACAAAAGCCCUACCAAGGAAUGACUGCUGUUGAUGACUUCUAUCAAGGCACAAAAGCAGCACUAGCAGGGGGCACCACUAUGAUCAUUGACCAUGUGCUUCCCGAACCUGGAUCGAGUUUACUGACCUCCUUUGAGAAGUGGCACGAGGCAGCUGACACCAAAUCUUGUUGUGAUUAUUCUCUCCAUGUGGAUAUCACUAGCUGGUAUGAUGGAAUUCGAGAAGAGCUGGAAGUACUGGUGCAAGAUAAAGGUGUUAACUCUUUUCAAGUCUACAUGGCCUACAAAGAUCUCUACCAAAUGUCUGACAGCCAGCUCUAUGAAGCCUUCACCUUUCUAAAAAGUCUUGGGGCUGUGAUCCUGGUGCAUGCUGAAAAUGGAGACUUGAUAGCUCAGGAACAAAAACGCAUCCUGGAGAUGGGAAUCACGGGACCCGAGGGACAUGCCCUGAGCAGGCCCGAGGAGCUUGAAGCAGAAGCAGUUUUCCGUGCCAUCACCAUUGCCAGUCGAAUAAACUGCCCAGUGUACAUCACCAAGGUGAUGAGUAAGAGUGCAGCUGAUAUCAUUGCACUGGCUAGAAAGAGAGGUCCCCUUGUUUUUGGAGAGCCAAUCACUGCCAGCUUGGGGACAGAUGGGACACAUUACUGGAGCAAAAACUGGGCCAAGGCUGCUGCUUUUGUGACCUCGCCACCUCUGAGCCCUGAUCCUACCACUCCAGAUUACCUGAAUUCACUCUUAGCAUGUGGGGACCUGCAGGUGACGGGAAGUGGACAUUGCCCAUAUAGCACUGCCCAGAAAGCCAUUGGAAAGGACAACUUCACUAUGAUUCCUGAAGGGGUCAAUGGAAUUGAGGAAAGAAUGACUGUUGUCUGGGACAAGGCUGUAGCCACAGGUAAGAUGGACGAAAGCCAGUUUGUAGCUGUCACCAGCACCAAUGCUGCCAAAAUCUUUAAUCUGUAUCCAAGAAAAGGACGGAUUGCUGUAGGAUCGGAUGCCGAUGUUGUUAUUUGGGACCCUGAUAAGGUGAAGACUAUAACAGCUAAAAGCCAUAAAUCGGCUGUUGAGUACAACAUCUUUGAAGGAAUGGAGUGCCACGGUGCCCCGCUAGUGGUCAUAAGCCAAGGGAAGAUAGUGUUUGAAGAUGGAAACCUGCACGUAAAUAAAGGAAUGGGCCGCUUCAUCCCUCGCAAACCUUUCCCUGAGUAUCUUUACCAGCGCGUCAAAAUCAGGAAUAAGGUGGGAGGACUGCAAGGAGUCUCCAGAGGAAUGUAUGAUGGGCCUGUGUAUGAAAUCCCAGCUACGCCAAAAUAUGCAACUCCUGCACCCUCAACUAAAUCUUCUCCUGCCAAAAACCAGCCCCCACCAAUCAGGAACCUCCACCAGUCUAAUUUUAGCUUAUCAGGAGCUCAGAUAGAUGACAAUAACCCACGCCGUACUGGACACCGCAUCGUGGCACCUCCUGGUGGUCGCUCUAAUAUUACCAGUCUUGGCUGA